AUGACGCGAUUCAUGCUCAGCAACAACUAUUUUAGGCCAAAUCACCAGAAAAGGUUUUUACCCGGGAUUUCUGGAUGCCUAGAACACAACACCUUGCUGUCGGAGAGUUUGAAAGAUGCUAGAAAAAGCGAGCGGCAAAUCACUGUUUGUUGGACAGACUUGGAGAACGCGUUCGGGUCGAUACAACACGAAUUGAUGCUAUUCGCGCUCAGAUGGUACAACUUUCCACCCCUAGUUAGAGAUAUGAUCGCGUCGUAUUACUCAAAAUUAAGGUUUUCUAUAAUAACUAAAGAAGGCCCUUCAAAAGGUUUGAGUUAUAAUGUAGGACUGUUUCAAGGUUGUUGUCUAUCUCCAAUUACGUUUAAUAUCGUUAUUAACAUCUUAGUAGACAAAUUAAUCUGUAACGAGAAAAAAUGGGGUUAUCGGUUUAAGUUUAAUAAUAAAUACACGGAAUCCAUUUUAGCCUUCGCUGACGAUCUCGCAAUACAAGUGGAUAAAUUCUGUAAGUGGACGGAUGGAUUGAGGACAAAACCCAGUAAAUGUCAUUGUCUGUGUCUUGGUAGGCGGAAUACAAGAUACACCUCAUACGAUCCGGGACUAUCGUUAGGCGGUCAAUGCAUUUCUACGGUUACGGAAAAUGCACCAUUUAAAUUUCUCGGUCGUAAGAUUGAUAAUAUAGGCUGUACUCCAUCUUUAGAAGGAAUAGUAGAUAGCUUCUUGAACGAUCUUAACAAGUUAGAUGCAGGCGUCAUAAAGAUGUUGAAGUUGUGGCUCGGGCUCGCUCUAACGGCUGAUUCAUCGGCGUUAUUUAGGGGAAGCAAUAGUUUUGGGAUGAGUCUAAAAAGGCCAUCGGAGCUCUAUAAACACCUAAGAGUUUCCAAGAGAUAUAUCCUGGGGAAAUCCCAUGAUGACAUAGUGACAUCGCUCCCAAAAGAUGAAGAUGCCCCCGAGCUAGAGUCACGACUUCAAUUCAAUUCCAUAAGCAAUUUAUGA